AUGGAUGAUUGGUCGGAGUAUUUACCGGUUAUCGAUUUUGCAACAUCGGCAUUGCCGCAGGCCUCAAUAGGGAUAUCGCCAUUCAUGGUUGAGAAGGGUUACCAGCCGAGGAUGUCAUUUGACUGGACAGCUCCGGUGCCGCCACGGAAGCUCACCUUGAACGAGAAGGAAGCUCAGGACUGGACGAAGCGUAUCCAGGACGCUAAUAAGAAACGACGUCCGGUUAACUUCACCGUGGGAGAUAUGGUCUACGUCACGAAUGAAGGGUGGGAUACAGGUCGUCCUGGUCGUAAGCUCGGGCAUCAGCAGGAGGGGCCUUUCCCAGUAGUACGUCAGGUUGGCCAUGCCUUUGAGCUCGGCUUGCCGAAGGGCAUGAGAGUGCAUCCAAUAUUCGCGCCUGAAAAGCUCCGUCUUGCAGCCACGACAGAACCGCUGCAGGGGCAACUUGAGGACGAAGGACCGGAGUUGGAGGUUAAUGGCCAUUCAGAAUGGGAGGUUGAGAAAAUAUUGGCAUCGAGAAUUAUGUGGAGGAAACUACGGUAUCGUGUUGGCUGGCUUGGACGGGAUCCCGAUCCGAAGUGGUAUCCCGCUGGAUACUUGAAGAACGCACCACUCGCUUUGAAGGCUUUUCAUGACGCGAAUCCGAAGGCUCCAGGGCCGCCGGAACGGCUCCGUGAAUGGAUUGAAGCUGCAGAAGAGGACCGGUACGUACAGGACACUGAUGAGGACGACAUCCCGGUUACAGACGCUCGCGGGCAAGCGUCUGGUGAAGGGGGGGGUGAUGUGACAGCCGUACGGUAA